CCCCUAUCGUCCAACCCUGCUCUAACUUUGGUCUCUCUCUCGCGGGGAAAAGAAGGGAGUGGAAAGGAGAGGGCAGCUCGGGUAGGUUUGAACUCAGCUCGAUCGUCGGCUUACUUCCUUCUCCCACAUCUUAAAUCACUGACAAUUUGAAGUAAGCCUGAAUGAGAACCCGGCCUGUUAAUGCCCGUUCGCCGAUGGGCGACCUCUCUGCUCGUGCUCGCCGCGGGCGCCCCUGGUGGUUCGGCCGUCUCGCGGCCGUCCUCUGCCUCUGCGCGACCUUGUGCAAGCCAGGUCAGGGGCACGCUCACCAUCCAUCACCCCAUCCCAGUGCAUCCCCACCAAACAAGGAGCGCGACGCGCACGUCGUCCGAACGAAUCCUAGUAGCUACAUGGCCGCAGAUGAUGAGGCCCCGGUGGAUCCCCUGCCGGGCCAGCUGCUGCCGGCGCGGUCGCUGCGGUGCUUCGACGACGGGCAGGUGUACAGCUGCUGCGAGGGCGCGUACAGGCUGAACCCGUCGGGGAUCCUCGCCGUGCCCGCCGGGGCGGUCGACGGCUACUGCGGCGGCGCGUGCGUGGUGGAGACGGAGGACGUGCUCAACUGCGUCGCCAGCGCGCUGGACGGCUUCGCAUUCUACAACGGGGCCUCCGUGGAGGACGUCCGCUACGCGCUCAGGCGGGGCUGCAGCCACACCGUCAGGAGAGGCGACUUCAACGAUUUGGAGCCGCACCUGGGCGACUACCCGGACAUCUACGGCGACGACGAAGGCAGCGGUGGCAGCAAGGUCGUUGCUGAAGCUCCUUUGAAGCUGCUCGCGUUUCUCGGCGGUGCCUGGCUGUUCCUCCUUGGUCACUGAAGAUGCAAUAAAAGCAUUUUCAAGUAAACAUACGCAAAAGAGUUGUUUGAUACCACGCAGUACCAAAUUUUAGUUUACGCCACUCUAUAGCGAAGAGUGUCAUUAUAUUCAUUCUACAAGUUAACGUUUUGCAUAGUAAAGAAAUGACAAAGAAAAAACAUCUUCUUGGA